AUGGACUGUCCUUCCGAAUCGCAAAGCAGCUUCUUUCCACACGGGAGCAGUGCCUCUCACCAUCAUCCCACAGAACUCCGGGGCAAGUUUGAUGUGAAGAACCUCAACUACUCCUUCAAGCCGGACAACGCAGUGCUCCUGGUGCAGAGCCUCACUGGCACGCUGCUGGGCACCAACGUGAACAGCCAGAACCUGCAAGUGCCCAUUGAAUCUGACAACAUCCCCACCCUCAAUGGCCAGCUCAUUGCGCGGGUAAAAAUGCCUUCUGAUUUGUUCUAA